AUGUCUGCUAUACAGAACUUCCACUCUUUCCACCCUUUUGCUGAUGCGAGUAAGGGUGAUGAGCUGCUUCCUGCUGGCACUGAGGACUUUAUCCGUAUAAGAAUUCAGCAGCUUUAUUCAAUUCAACAGAAAAACAACAGGAAGAUUCUUACUACUGUCCAAGGGAUGGCUGAUUAUGAUAAAAAGAAGGCCUUUAAGAAGAAAUUUUCCUGCAAGGGUACUGUAAUUGAGCAUCCAGAAUAUGGAGAAGUAAUUCAGCUGCAGGGUGAGCAGUGCAAGAACACAUGCCAGUUCCUGAUAGAGACCGGACAGGCUAAGGACGGUCAGCUGAAGGUUCAUGGGUUCUGAAGCUGAAGGGAGGAUUUCCUUGCAAUGAGUAGAAUUUCCUUCUGUCCCUGUCACAGCAUGUAUAAUGUAACCAUUUGGGGUCUGCUUUUAACUUGGACUAGUGUAACUCCUUCAUGCAAUAAACUGAAAA